AGUCCUUAUUGAUGGACGGUGGUAGUCGUCGUUUCACACUCUCCGUCCACCAUUUUCAUUCUCCGCCUCUAAAAAAAAAAAGCAUUGUCCUUUCGAAGCUAUACAUCAAUGGCCACUACUACUUAUCGUCUACGAAAUAACCCUUUUAACCAUUAGAUUAAAAUCUCUCCUCUUCUUCUUCUUCUUCACCACCACUCGUGUCCCUUUCUUUGUCUUCUUCCUUCUCACCGCCUCUCUCUCAAUCUUUAUCCAACAAAGAUUCGAUUUUUCUUUUCUUCCAAGUUUCAACAUAUAUAAAGCCAUACCCUUUUCUUUAUCUUCUGUGUCAAAAAAGUUAUGGAUUUGCUUGAGAGUAUAAUCUUAGGGUUAAUUACAGGAUGGUUCGCCUUUGUUGUUGGAUUGAUCAUAGGAUAGGCAUGGAAACCCAAAUGGGUUUCAUCUUCUUCUUCUAAUAACGGAGAAGUCAAAUUGCGUUGUUCUGCUCCGAGAUCUUUUGAUUUGUCUUUACCAUCUCCUUCUUCAAGCUCUGUUUCUUCUCCGUUAAAGGGUUUUGGAUCAGCUCCUUGCUUGAAAGCUCUUGUUUGUGAUACAUGGACUAUGGCUUUGAGACAACAGAGGACAACUGUUUCUCCUGAUUCUUCUUCAUCUUCUUCGUCUGAUUCUGCUGAACAACAUGGGGGUUUAGUUUCAAGAGUGAAGAAAACAGAGGAGAGGUUGCCUAAUACUGUAACGGAGUUGGAUUUGAGGCAUCUUGUGCAAUUGGUUGAGAGGAAAGAUGGUGGUCAAGCUUGGAUUCAGAUGAUGGAUCGUUUCACUUCUGGUAUGAGAUAUCAAGCUUGGUUGAGAGAACCUAAGAAUGGUCCUACUGAGUAUAGAAGCAGAACUGUGUUUGAAGAUGCAACUCCUCAGAUUUUAAGAGACUUUUUCUGGGAUGAUGAGUUUAGACCAACUUGGGAUACAAUGCUUUCUAAUUCCACUACUGUUGAAGAGUGUCCUAGUUCCGGAACCAUGAUUGUUAGAUGGAUACGCAAGUUCCCAUUCUUCUGCAGUGAUAGAGAAUAUGUGAUCGGUCGCAGGAUUUGGAAUUGUGGGAACUCUUAUUACUGUGUUACAAAGGGAGUGUCGGUUCCUUCUGUACCGCCUAACAACAAACAAAAACGUGUAGACUUGUUCUACUCGAGCUGGUGCAUUCGACCAGUGGAAUCAAGAAGAGACGAUGGAGUAACAAGUGCAUGCGAAGUGCUUCUGUUUCACCACGAAGACAUGGGGAUACCGAGAGAAAUCGCAAAGCUCGGAGUGAAACGAGGAAUGUGGGGAGCAGUGAAGAAGAUGGAACCCGGUUUACGUGCUUACCAAACACAAAGACUAUCAGAAGGAGGAACCAAGCUUUCUCGGUCUGCUUUCAUGGCUCAAAUUAACACCAAGAUCUCAUCAGAACAUCUCAUUUCACUCAGCAACGGCGCAUCACCUGUCACUGAAACUCCCGUUACUCAAAACCAAGGAAACCGAGCUGCGAAUAUAAAGAAACUGUUGUUCAUCGGUGGAGCUAUUGCUGUUGUCUGCAGUUUGAGCGGAGGAGCUUUUGUUCCUCCUGCGUUUGUUUUAGGGUUUGGGAAGAGGUUUGGUAACGGUGGAAGAAAACGUCAGCUCGAAGGAACAACAACAACAAGUCAGAGUCAUCAGACUACUUCUUCUUCAUAGAAUCUUGAAACCGAAUAUAGAUAUAAAACAUACGGAUUUAGCAGAUUGAGAAUAAUCCAAAAACGCAGAUAGUUCCAGAUUAGUUUUGUAGUAUUGGAGUAAGCUGUCUGAUCAAUCUUUAUACAAAGCAACAUUUUUUUUUUUUACAAGUAAUAAUAAAAUAAAACUUUACAUCA